UGUUUUUUUUAUCACCCUGUUGUUGUUGAUGUUGUUGUUUGGUGAAUCUCCCCUCUCUCUCCUCUCUGCGCUGUUGCUGCAAAUUCCUUAGCAGUGUCAAGUCGAAAUCUGCAUGAUCUCCCACGUACUGUUGCUUAUUUAUCAGUACAGUGAGCUGACUUGAUGGUUUUUUUCAAAGAUUCUCAGAGCCAGACUUAAAGUCAAAAUGAGUUCUCUUCAACAGAACAGACAUAUCCCAUACUCAAAUAGUGCCCAACGACAACAGCAACCACAUCUGCUCCACAGUCAGCAACAACUGCAGCCGCAACAGCAGAUGCAACAACAACAGCAGGGUCAGCAGCAAACCCAUGGGGCUGGAGGUUUCCCACAAAGUCUUAGUGGGAGCGAAACAGAUAUUUCUACUUCGAACGAAAAUCUUAGUCAUGAAGAACGAUAUGUUAUACGACAUACUGCACGGCAGGAACCACAAGGACAAGAAAACAUGGCCAUGUUAUCGAGCAGCCAAAGUAGCCCUAACAGCAAUCGUAGCAGUCUUAGUGCCAAAUUGGAGGGAGCUGGGAUGACUGGAGGGAAUGGCUCUGGGAGCAAUCGAAGCAGUUUGAACAGACCUGAUAAUAGCAGCAACCGUAGCAGCCUUGACGUGUCAUCCUCCUCAUACAACACACUCAUCAUUCAUGGAACUUUAGAUGAUUCUUGGUCUGGGAGACUGUCUGGAAUACGCGAUAUUCAAGACCAAAAUGGUUACGGGUCUUUUGGAUCUGGUGGCCAUCAGGAAUCUUCCUCACCCUCUAGUGGUAGUGGAAAUGCCAGCAGUAAAGACCUUGAUAGGGACAGGGAUCGUUCAGCACAGUGGUACGGUCCUAGCCUCAGGGAAAUAAUUGAUAUUCCUGAUGAUUUUCUCAGUCAAUCACAGGUUCUGAAACAUUUGGCCAAGGAAGUUAAAGUUUACCGGUCAACUGCUGGUAAUGUAAUAAGCCGACAGUCUCCAGAUACCAAUCAAAGAAGCCACCAAGGCCCAACAGAGCAAAUGAAUAGAUUGUCAUUAGAGCAUCGUGGAAACAAUUGCCAAAAUCCAAUCCCCUCGAGUGUGGGUGCCAGUAGUACAAAGGAGGAAUCUUCACCAACCCCUCAGUACACAGAAUGGUCAGCAUCGCCCCUUCCAAAGCACUUAACGAAUGGUGCAAUUUAUCCACUGGAGAGAAUGGUUCUCUCUAGGUCACAACCAGAUCUUUCACGAAUUGGUGAAGGAAAGUUACUUUCAGCUGCUGAUAUUGUAGGCCUGGCCAAUAAUAGGCUCGCUGCGCGGGACGAGGAGCGCACUGCCCCGGUAGAAAUGGUAGACAUGCUCAUUCAUGAGAACAAUUUCUUGAGGCAUGAACUGAACGAGUGCUCGCAGAAAGUUGCGAGGUCUAUCAAGCUGGAACAAGAAAUUCAGAAAGUCCACCGAGCUCAGGAGGAGCUUGUUGCUUCUUGUGAGCGCAGAGAGCGGCUCGAGCGUGUGGCGAGAGCGAGAUUGCAAUCAGAUUGUCGCCGCAUCCAAGAGGUGAACCGAGUGUUGAGGGAACAAUUAGAGAUGGUCACCAGCCGAAAUGCUUCGGGACCUAGUGGGUCCGUUCAGUCAGAUCAAACUGCAAAUGUAGAAGCCCUGAAAAGAGAUGUAGGGAAACGGGAGGUUUUAAUUGCACAACUGAUUACUCAGAACAAAGAAUUGUCAGCUGCGAAGGAGCGUCAGGAAAUCGAGCUUGCUGCUCAGAGGGUAACACUCCAAGAGCAGCGUACCCACAUUAACAUUCUUGACACUGCCCUCCAAAAUGCUCAAAGCAACGUUGUUCGACUAGAGGAAGAGUGCCGCAAGAAGCAACUUUAUGUAGAGAGAGUGGCACAACUUCAACGAGUCCUAUCAUCCCUUCAACUUGCAAGUGAUCGAAGGGAACAAGGAGAAAGGAAACUUAGAAUGCAGCUAGAACGGGAGUUGAGGAACGAACGAGCUCGUGCAGCUGGGGCAGCCACAACUGAGGACCUAGGUGCAAGUGGCAGUGAGACAGCUGCUGAGCUGAAGAGGAAAUUAAGAGAACGAGAAGGAAAGAUAAUGCUUCUGGAGGGAGAAGUGGCUAAGUGGGAGCAGAGGUAUUUAGAAGAAAGUUCUAUGCGUCAAGCAGCUAUUGAUGCUGCUAGCCUGCCCAAGGAUGCUAAGAUUGCUGCAUUGGAGAAAACAAGCCAAGAAACAGAAAAGCUUAUUGCAGAAGCACGUACAGAGAAAAUUCGCCAUAUGGAUGAAGUCCAUGCUGCACAGAAAAUUGUAACUGAUCUUGAAUCAAGAUUGAAGGAUUUAGAGUCCAAACUUGCCGAACGAGAUGCCAUGAUCAGGGUCUUACAGAAGCACACAUGUAAAGAUUCAAAAGCGUCAACAUCAACAUCAUACCCGAGCAUAUCACUGGGCAGAUCACCACAUCAUACCCCCCAUCCAAGCCUCAAUGCUGAUUUGGGAGUACUGGGUUGUUCUGUUUCUAGAGAAGAACUUGGCCCUGUUUACUCUUCAAGUAGUCCUGCAUUUAAUUCAUCCAACCAAUCAUAUUCAAGUUCUGUGGGUGAUGGUGGCUACCACCACUCAGCUUCUGGAAGCUAUUCCAAGUUUGGUGCUGGUCAAAGCUUUGACCAGACCAAAAAGAGCCUUGAUGAUGAACUUAAGGAACUGGAUUCUCAGCUCGACUCUCAAUUGGAUUCUAAAAUGUUAAGCAAGAGAGGUCUGUGCUGUUUUCCAGGAUUCUCUAAUCCAAGUUCUGCGUCGAGAAAAGGAAAAGUGUCCCAGCCAUUAUUGGCAAGUGUAGGCGUGUGGCAGGGACUGGUGGCUCAGUCACGCUAUGAAGCCGCCAGGCCUGAGGAAAUGCUACUCUUGGAAAAGCAAGGCUUGAGCAGCCAACAGCAGAGAAUGGCUGAUUCUUUGGAUGUCCGUAGCCAGAGUCGCUCUGGCAGCCUACCUCCCAGUUCCUUGCCACGACCUCGGCGUUCCCACGGUAGCCGCCGUCUUGGAGAAUACGGACGGCUCAGUGAUGGGGAGAGCACACGCAAAACUUCCACCAAUUCAAGUCUGGAUGGAUUGGCAGAAGCUAGCAGCAAAGGGAGGGAUUCUUUGCCACCAAUGCCAAGAAAACUCGGUGAGUAUGGCAGGCUGAGUGAUAGUGAGCCUGGCCGCAAAUUGUCCUCCAAUUCUACCGACAGCUGCAAAAUACAAGAGCCACCAAGUCGCUCAUACUUACCACCGCCCCGUAAGCUAAGCGACUAUGGAAAGCUUUCAACCAAUUCUAGUAGUGAUGGAUCUGUUGAUAUCACUGCUAAAACCCGAGACUCUCCUGCACGAUUUUUACCAUCACCUCGGAAACUUAGUGACGCCAGCAGAUCAAGCGAUCCUGAGAGGAAGUUGAGAGGAGGCAUUGGGUCAGAGGCCGGGAUGCGUGACUCUGGUACUAGUGAAGACUCUGCUGGAUCUAAGUUACGUCUAAUACCUAAUCCUACAGGUCGUGUUUUGAAUAGCAAAAGAGCUUCCUCUUUACAACGCGAAACACCAAAACCUUCCCAUCAAUCAGAUGCAGGGUUACGAUCCUUACCCACUUCAAACAAAUACAGAGUUCAAUUUUAAAUCAAGUGUUGCUUUUUCAAUAAAUUAUUGUUGUUAUUGUGAGUUGAUCUAACUAUUUGAGUUUUAGUUCAUUUCUCCCCCUCUCUUUGUUAACAAGGGUACUGUGUCUGUGGGUGGGUUUUAGACUAACUUUAUUUGAUUGCAUUGUUUUGUAAGCCAUUUAUGUGCCAAUGACAGACCAGUGAAGGAUAUAACAUUUUAUUCUGUGUACUGUGUGCCAUGUGUGUUCUAUUGUUUCAUUGAUAUUAUUUGAACAUUACUGACCUAUCUUUAAAUUUGUGUCCUUCCAAUUGAAUACCUAUAUCUGUUGACUCAUAUGUUUGCACUACUUGAGCAUUGUUGCCUUUACUGUGAUAUGGGACCAUUACAGUACAGGAUUUUUAGAAGACUGUUAUCUUUUGGUAAAUUUCAUGUAAUUCUGUUUUUACAGUUUUCAAAAAUAUUUAACACCAUGAGUUAUUAUGUUUAGAACAUUUUAAGCAUUGUUUUCGGAGACGAGCGAGGAAAACGAUUGAUGGAAGUGAGCUUUUCUGUGAGACUGAUGCUGUUUCAACACAAUUUUCCAUAAGCCACUUUUUCACAUUAUCUCCAGACUAGAAUUGUAAUUAUUUAGUUGAAUUGUACAUCAUAUUUAAUUCAUUGGAAGAUUUUAUAUGGCAAUACACUCUUGCAAGUUUUGCAUCUUUGGUAUCAAAGAUAAUAUAGCAUUAACGCAAACUUGUGUAAAUUUAAAAAAUAAAAAUGAGAUGUUAAAAUAGACUUUAUAGGACAUACUUAUAUUUAGAAACUCUUACAGUAUGUUUUCCUAUGAGUCUUU